AUGGCUGCUACUGGAGUUCUUGCAGAGAUCAUAGAUGGAGAUGUUUACAAAUAUUAUGCAGAUGGAGAAUGGAAGAAAUCCACAUCUGGUAAAAGUGUUGCCAUCAUCAACCCUACUACUAGAAAACCUCAAUACAAAGUUCAAGCUUGUUCACAAGAAGAGGUUAAUAAGGUUAUGGAUUCAGCGAAAUCGGCACAAAAAUCAUGGGCGAAAACUCCACUUUGGAAGAGAGCUGAACUUCUUCACAAGGCUGCAGCAAUUCUGAAAGAACACAAAGCUGCAAUUGCAGAAUGCUUAGUCAAAGAAAUAGCAAAGCCUGCUAAAGAUGCAGUCACUGAGGUUGUAAGAUCUGGUGAUUUGGUUUCUUACUGUGCUGAAGAAGGAGUCAGGAUUCUUGGAGAGGGAAAGUUUUUGGUUUCAGAUAGCUUUCCUGGAAAUGAAAGGACCAAAUAUUGUCUCACUUCGAAGAUUCCAUUAGGAGUUAUUUUAGCCAUUCCGCCUUUUAACUAUCCGGUCAAUCUUGCUGUCUCGAAAAUUGCUCCUGCAUUGAUUGCUGGAAAUUCUAUUGUGCUUAAGCCUCCAACUCAGGGAGCUGUUGCUGCUCUGCACAUGGUUCAUUGCUUUCACUUGGCUGGUUUUCCCAAAGGCCUGAUCAGCUGUGUUACUGGAAAAGGUUCCGAAAUCGGCGACUUUCUUACAAUGCAUCCAGGAGUCAACUGUAUAAGCUUCACCGGUGGAGAUACUGGCAUUGCGAUUUCAAAGAAGUCGGGUAUGAUUCCUCUACAAAUGGAAUUGGGAGGAAAAGAUGCUUGCAUUGUUCUUGAAGAUGCGGAUCUUGAUUUGGUUGCUGCAAACAUCAUAAAAGGAGGUUUUUCAUACAGUGGUCAGAGGUGUACCGCUGUGAAGGUUGUUCUGGUAAUGGAAUCAGUGGCUGAUGCUUUAGUCGAGAAAGUGAAGGCUAAGGUAGCGAAACUAAGCGUUGGACCACCCGAGGAUGACUCUGAUAUCACACCAGUUGUAUCAGAAUCAUCGGCCAAUUUCAUUGAAGGCUUGGUGAAUGACGCGAAAGAGAAAGACAUGAGAAUUGCAUGGGAAGAGCCAUUUGGACCAGUUUUGCCAGUUAUUAGGAUCAAUUCGGUUGAAGAAGGUAUCCAUCAUUGUAAUGCUAGCAACUUCGGACUUCAGGGAUGUGUUUUCACGAAGGAUAUCAAUAAAGCAAUAAUGAUUAGUGAUGCAAUGGAAUCAGGAACAGUUCAGAUAAACUCUGCACCAGCUCGUGGACCGGAUCAUUUUCCCUUUCAGGGAAUAAAGGACAGUGGAAUUGGAUCACAGGGAAUAACCAACAGCAUAAACAUGAUGACAAAAGUGAAAACUACUGUGAUAAACUUGCCUAGUCCUUCUUAUACCAUGGGCUAA